AAGUCACAAAACAAACGAACCCGCUUUUCAAUCAGGUUAAUUGAACGUGUACCUUCGCGUGCUAGAAGCUAGUUAAACUUUGAAGACGUCAUUAACAAAAUGGCAGGGUUUGUAGUGGGAAUGCACUCCCUCACAAAGAAGCUAGCUGAUGUUUUUGCGGAGGACUCUGAAGCUGAUGUAACAUUUUACGGCUUUUCUGACACUGAACUUAAGGAUACGAUUUCCAACUCUGAUUUAGAAGUCCAGCCUGAUGUUUUCCCAAAGGAGAAGGAAACCACCUCCCAAUCAACAGCUGUUCCUCAACCCUUCAGACUGAGGGUUGCUUUGCGCUCUGCUCCCUCAGCCUAUCAAUCUACAGAUCACAAAGAUGCAGAGGAUGAUGAGAAAAUACCAACAAACACACUGGUCAAGAGACCAAGAAAGACCCACAGGACAAAGAUGGAGAAACGUGUGAAAUUUGAGACUGAGGAGACAGCUGUGACUCAGCCUUCUCCAUCAGAGGAGCUCAAAUCUGAUUCAGCUGAAGAUGGGGCAGAUACUUUUCUGGCCAAAAGAGAACAGAAUAUCAAGGCCAACAAAGCAAUGUUGGCUCAGCUAAUGGCAGAUCUGCAGAAAAUCCCGGGAGGAGCAGGGUUUCUGAAAAACCAAACAGGCAAACGGAAGAGAAAAGAAGGAAUCUCUCGUCCACCUCGCUCAGGUGUGACUGGAGGGGAGUUCAGGACAAACCCAGAACGGGCCUCUCGCAGGCGAACUCGGUCUAUGGUGGAAGGUGAGGAUCCCACAGCGCCUCAGGAGGCAGAAAUGGAGCUCAGCUUGGAGGAAGAGCUACUUAAGGUGCGCCAUGCUCCACAGCAUCGUAGCACCGGACGACCUAAUCAAAGCAAACCUCAUGUAAUCCGGCCAGUGGAAGACAUCACAGAAGAUGAGCUUAAUUUGGUUGCAGACAAUAUGACUGACAAAGUGUACAACAGUGUAACAGGCUCCACAUGCCAUCAGUGCCGCCAGAAAACUGUUGACACAAAGACGUCCUGUCGCAGUGAGGACUGUCGUGGGAUUCAGGGUCAGUUCUGUGGGCCGUGCUUGAGGAACAGAUAUGGAGAGGAUGCCAGAAAAGUGCUCCUUGAUCCGGAAUGGAAAUGCCCUCCAUGUCGAGGUAUUUGUAACUGCAGUUUCUGCCGGCAGCGUGAGGGUCGCUGCCCAACAGGCAUCCUGUUCCCCCUGGCUCAGUAUCAUGGUUUCUCUGACGUCCACUCCUACCUCAGCAGCCUCCGUGACAAACUGAAGAGUGAGGAGGAUGUAGAGAUGUGAAUUUGCCACUGAGGGGAGCAGUUGUUCAAACUUCUGUAUUUU